UCCCCCCCCCAUCUGCUCGGUGUGUGGGCUGAGCUUCGAGGGGCUGAGCUUCGAUGGAGGACCACAUGAUGGGAAACAAUAAGAAGAAGCGUUAUCAAUGUGAUGUGUGUGGCAAGGCCAGGCGGUGCCCAAGCCUGCUGGAGAUCCACCGUCGGGUGCACACGGGAGAACGUCCCUUCGACUGCUCCGACUGCAGCAAGAGCUUCAAGACGGCAAAUGACCUGAAGAUUCACCGGCUGGUGCACACGGGCGAGAAGCCCCAUGGCUGCUCCACCUGCGGCAAGAGCUUUGCCCGGUUGACGGGGCUGCGGAUGCACCGGCGGGUGCACAGCGGUGAGCGGCCAUUCACCUGCUCCGACUGCGGUAAAGGCUUCAAGUCGUCCAUGAACCUGAAGGUGCACAAGCGCACCCACACCGGGGAGCGGCCCUACACCUGCAGCGACUGCGGCAAGGGCUUUACCCAGUCCAACAGCCUGCUGCAGCACCGGCACACCCACACCGGGGAGCGGCCCUACACCUGCAGCGACUGCGGCAAGGGCUUUACCCAGUCCAACAGCCUGCUGCAGCACCGGCACACCCACAGCAGGGAGCGGCCCUACACCUGCAGCGACUGCGGCAAGGGCUUUACCCAGUCCAACAGCCUGCUGCAGCACCGGCACACCCACACCGGCGAGCGCCCCUACACUUGCACCCAGUGCGGCAAGGGCUUCAACCACUCCAACAGACUGCUGGUGCACCAGCGCAAUCACACUGGCGAGCGACCCCACACCUGCACCCAGUGCGGCAAGGGCUUCACAGAGUCCUCCAGGCUGCUGACCCACCAGCGGGUGCACGCCGGUGACCAUCCCUUCUCCAGCCCGGAGUGUGGAGAGCCCAGUGGCCAGCCCUACGACUGCCCGUACUGCGGUGAGGAGUUUGACAGCUCACGGGGGUUGCGGCAGCACCGGCGUACCCACGCCGGCGAGCAACUGCUCCCACUGAGGGAAGUGUUUCAAGAGCGCACGGAGGCUGCGGGAGCACCAGCGGAUACACACACGAGAGAGACCCUUUGAGUGCGCUGAAUGUGGCAAGGGUUUCACCCACGGGUCCAUGCUGUGGCAGCACUGGUGUACCCACAGCAGUGAGCGUCCAUUCCCCUGCAUGUCCUGUGGUAAGGGCUUCAUCCGUCUUGACACCUGCCCGCUCUGUGGCAAGGCCUUUGCCCACUGCUCCAGCUUGCUGGCACACCGGAACGUGGAUAGGCACUGUUUAGGUAGGAAGGAAGGGAUAACGUUUUGAGUCGAGACCCUCAUCAGUCUCGACCCAAAACGUCACCCAUUCCUUCUCUCCAGAGAUGCUGCCUGACCUGCCAAGUCACUCCAGCACUGUGUGAAACGUCACCUAUCCAA